AUGGACACAUUGACACAGUUGAGAAAUCAGGCGGAUAGCUGGUCAACUUCUGAAGUCAGAUCAGUCACACAUGGUCACCUAUGGACAAUUCGUGGUUUCUCUCAACUUGAUUGCAGGUAUCUGGAGACAAGUGCAAAGAUAAAAGAUAUGGCUAUCCAGCCAACAAGCCAGCCAUCGGGCUCUGCAGCUCUUCCUGAUUUGCCGGACAUCACUUUCCGAAUUAGACUACAUCCACAAGGAAAUAAAGAGUCGAAUAAAGACUUUACAUUCUUCCAGUGUUUCACCAAUCAGAGUACUCAUACGGGAUCGCCAACAUUCAAAGCGAAAUUCAAGUUUGCUGUGCACAAUGAGAGAGGCGAAGAAACUCCGACCACGGUCUACUCGGGAACGCAACAACUUCAUGGAUAUUUCGAGUACAUUCGUCGAGAAGUUCUAAUGAGCCAUGUUCAACCAGGCGACGAUUUGUAUCUUUCGUUGAGCAUUUUCAUUACUUUUGAUACAGUUACAAAAGCUUCCCAAACUGUUCGCUACAUACCACCAGACAUGCCGAAACCCACCGAAGUUACCAAAGAUCUUGAGAAUUUGUUUCGAAGUGGUAAACAUGCGGAUUUCACUUUUGUUAUAGAAGGAAGAGAACUGAAAGCUCACAAAGCGAUUCUCGCGGCUCGAUCUCCGGUUUUUGCGGCAAUGAUGGAGUCUCACACUGCCGAAUCGCAAAAUUCUCGUGUUGUGUUGGGAGAAAUUGAAUAUGAAGUCGUCCAACAACUUCUGAACUAUAUCUACUCAGGAACAUGUACCAAAAUGGGAGGAUAUGCGCUCGAAAUCUUAGCGGCAGCCGAUCGUUUCGCACUUCCUGGUCUGAAGAAUUUAGCAGAAGCGGCAAUGAAGAACGGCCUCUCCGCUGAGACGGUUUGCAAGCAACUGGCUCAUGCUGAUCUCUACAAUAUGACUGAAUUCAAAAAAGAGGCAAUCAAAUUCAUUUGCUUGAAUGCAAACGCCGUUAUAGCUUCAGAAGGAUUCACGGAUUUGACAAGAACAAAGCCACAUAUCAUUGGAGAUAUAAUGAGUUCGUUAGCUAAUGAUCGACACGCACGAACUUCGUUUUUCAAUCAAGACGGAACCUGUGAACCUUCUAGCAAGCGUGCCAGAAUGACGGAAACCAAUCUUUGA